AUGAAACCUCUAACAUACUCCACACUUGAUGCGAAACCAAAAGAAUUCUUUAAGAAUCCUGCAUUUCGAGCAGAUGGAUUAAAAAUUUAUCCAACAUUGGUUAUACGUGGUACUGGUUUGUAUGAAUUAUGGAAAACUGGCAGAUAUAAAAGUUAUCCACCCAGUGUAUUAGUUGAUUUUAUAGCUCGUAUUCUAGCUUUAAUACCACCAUGGACUCGCGUUUAUCGUGUACAGCGUGAUAUACCAAUGCCAUUAGUAAGCUCCGGUGUAGAGCAUGGAAAUUUACGUGAAUUAGCUUUAGAAAGAAUGAAAGAUAUGAAUACAGAAUGCCGUGAUGUUAGGACGCGCGAAGUAGGGAUUCAAGAAAUACAUCACAAAGUGCAACCUUAUGAAGUUGAGCUUAUACGACGUGACUAUGUAGCUAAUGAGGGAUGGGAAACGUUUCUGUCAUAUGAAGAUCCGUUACAAGAUAUUUUAAUCGGAUUACUCAGAUUAAGGAAAUGCUCUGAUGGCACAUUUAGACCAGAAUUGAAAGAAAAUACUUCUAUAGUAAGAGAACUUCAUGUUUAUGGUAGUGUUGUACCUAUUAGUUCUCGGGAUCCUACAAAAUUUCAACAUCAAGGUUUUGGCAUUCUGUUAAUGGAGGAAGCUGAACGAAUCGCAAGAGAGGAACAUAAAUCUCGUAAAAUUUCCGUAAUUUCAGGCGUUGGUACACGUAAUUAUUACAGAAAGUUAGGUUACGAACUUGAUGGGCCCUACAUGUCUAAAAUGCUUGCAUGAACUAAUAAAGUUGACUUCAACAGGAAAGAAUAUAUAAAUGAUAAGUACAAUGUAAUAUACUUAAUAACAGCACAUAUGUAAAUUAAACAAAAUAUAGAAAAUACUGUACUUUUAAUAAUGCAAUAAAGUUAUAUAACAAUAAAGCUUU